AUUGUUUACCAUCGCAACCGACUCUUCGUUUCUAGAGAAUGUCAAAACCGACGGCAGUAUUUUGAGCUGUCGAUUAAUAGUUUCUCUAAAUUUAAAGAAUUGGUCGUAUGUUGCAUGUGUGGAUAAAUACGACCUUUGGCGAAUUGUGUGUGGCUACUCUAACAACUUAGCAGCAUUGCCAGAGCAAAGUAACGUUUGAUAAAUCAUAGAGAUGGCGUCUCCGGAGCCUGCGCCGACCAACCAAACGGAAGAAAUGACGGUCAACUUCAAGGCUUUUUUGCUGAAGAACAGCACUAAAAGUAACAUCAAUCUCUACGACCACUUGGCACGGUUACUAACCAAGGUGAUGGAUGAACGUCCAGAAAAUGUGGUCGACAUCUUUGAAGAUAUGAGUCGUGAGGUGAAGCGGGGAAUUAUUCCUGAAACGCAGAGCACAUUGCGAGAUGUGGCUUUCAUCCCCGCUACCCAGCUGUUGGCUGAGAAGCAGAGAUUGCUGUUCUCUCGGGGUGGCGGGGAUGAGGGUGACCAGGAGGAGGAACUGGUUGACACACCCCUUCCCAAUGUAGGAGAGCUUGCCUUUUUCCUAGAGCAAGCUGGGGUUGGUCUGGGCAGAGAGGAGAUGCACAGAAUAUUCCUAGCACUCAAACACCUGGUGGACACGCAACCUCUGCAUCGCUGCCGUUUUUGGGGCAAGAUUCUGGGAACGGACAGUAAUUAUAUAGUGGCUGAAGGCGAGUACCGAGAGGGGGAGGAGGAAGAGGAGGAGGUGGUGGAGGAGGUGGUGGAGGAGGAGGAGAAGAGAGAGGCUCGGGAGGAGGAGGAGGACACUGAAGUGGUAGAUGUGGCAGACCCUCUCCCUCGCUCUACCUACAAGUCUCCACCGGUGGUGCCAAAAGAGGAAAACCGCACAGGAGCUAACAAGUACAGCUACUUUGUAUGCACAGAGCCGGGCCUUCCCUGGGUGAAGCUGCCGGCUGUGACUCCAGCCCAGGUGACGGCUGCACGUCACAUACGCAAGUUCUUCACAGGCAGACUGGAUGCCCCCGUCGUCAGCUACCCACCGUUCCCGGGCAACGAGGCCAACUACUUAAGGGCCCAGAUAGCUCGCAUCUCAGCCGGCUCACACGUCAGUCCCCUGGGCUUCUACCAGUUCGGAGAGGAGGAAGGGGAGGAGGAGGAGGAGGGUGCUCGCGACGGCUACGAGGAGAACCCCGACUUCGAGGGAAUACCUGUUCACGAGAUGGCCGAGUCUCUGUCUGCCUGGGUGCAUCACGUCCAGCACAUCUUACAACAGGGUCGCUGUGUGUGGGUGAACCAGGUGGAGAAGCCGGAGGAAGACUUUGAGGAGGAAGGAGAGGAGGAGAAGGAGGAGGAGCCUGACGAGCCAGAGCCAGAAGUGGGGCCCCCCCUCCUCACUCCUCUCACUGAGGACAUAGAGGUGUUGGACACCCCUCCCUGGAGUUCCAGGAUGUCUUCACACCUUAUUUCUCAGUUCGCUGUUGCUGUGCUGCGCUCCAACCUGUGGCCAGGAGCAUAUUCGUACGCGAGUGGCAAGAAAUUCGAGAACAUCUACAUUGGUUGGGGGGUGAAGUUCGCUGGGGAUGGCUACACCCCAACCGGGCCCCCCGCGCCCCAGCGCGAGUACCCCAGCGGGCCGGAGAUCACGGAGGCCCAGGACCCCAGCCUGGAGGAGGAGCAGGCGCUGAAGGCAGCUCUGGAGGACCAGAAGGCCGCCCAGGAGGAGGCAGAGGGCCUGGAUGGGGAGGAGGAGGAGGAGGAGGAGGACGACUGAGACUGGGGAGGAGAAGGAGGAGGACGACUGAGACUGGG